AUGAAUGGUCUUGACGGUGUGUCUUCGCUCGUGGUUGACAUUAAAAAAUUUCAAAAAUUGAAUAAGGAAGCGGAAGAUCUGAAAGCGAAACAACUACAGGAAUGCGAAGAAAGUAUUCGGAAUUUGGAGGGAAUUAUUAAAACCAAAGAAACCGAAAACCAAAAACUUCUUCGAGAAUAUCAAACUCUCACGAAAGCCUAUAGUGCUUUACAAGCAGACUUUACCUACAAUUACCAAUUGUUCCAGGAACGAGAUGCAGAAAUCUCUUCUUUUGAAAAACUGAAUAAUGACCUACGAGAACAGCUGGCGAAAAGUAAGAACGAAAAAGAGUUAUUAUUAAAGGAGAAGGCAAGAGUAGAAAGCGAGCUGAAGAAAGAAGUAAAUAGAAAUAACGAAAUCGAAUUAUAUUAUCAAGAACAACUCCAAGAAAAAUCAAAAGAACAAGAGCAGCUGAAGCAGGCAUUAGAAACAGAAAAAAUGUCAACCAUUAAUGAGUUCGAAGCAACCAUUCGUGAUCUUAGCCGAGAGCACAGCGAAAGAAUUAAACUCAUGGAUCAGCAAAGAGGCGCUUUGGAAGGAGACCUGAAAGAUAUGCUUGCAGAUAAGGAUGAAACGAUAAAAAAACUAUUACAGCAAAUUAGGGAAAAAGAGCUCAUGUCAAACAAAUAUCUUUCUGAAAAUGAAUCAAUCAAGAGGACGUUUGCAGCUAAAAUCAAAGUUUUGGAGGAUGAAAAACAAGCUCUUGACAAUUCGAUCACGGAAAUGAUGAUCCAACAUCGAACAGAAAUGGAGGAACUGCAAAAACAAAACACAAAACAGCAUCAACAACUGAUAGCAUCGUAUGAGCCAACUCUUGCUAGGCUCAAAUCAGACAUCGAAGAAUGUCAGACCGUUAUUAAAAAUCAAAAGGAAAGCUUAAAGAUUUGUCAGAGACAAAUUGAAGACCAUGAAAAGCAACGACUAUUCGACAUCAAUUCUUUACGAAAUGAAUAUGAAGAAAAGCUUAGAAAGAAGGAUAAGGAUAUUGAAAGCAUGAAAGAUAAAGAGUGGGAACACACACAAAAACUUGAAAGUAAGGAAGACAUGAUCAAUAGUUUAAAGCAAAUGCUCGAUGAAAGGAAGCAAGAAGUUGAGAAUCUAAAGGACGAAGUAAAGAUCCUGACAGAACGAGAAAAUAACGCCAAGAGAGAGUUAUUAAGGAUGAGUCUGCAAAUAGAACAUGAUAAGGAGCAAAAAGAUAAGGAGAUUAAUGAGAAACAUGAUCAAAUGCUUAAAAUGCUUAAAAAAGAAAGAGAUGACGCAACAGCAAUUUUGGAAGAUAAAGACCGACAAAUAGAUGAACUCAGAAGAGAAAUAAUGGUUCUUAACACAGAGUUAUCUCUUGCAGCAUCUAUGAAAAAAGUUCCCUAUGAUAAGAUGAAGCCUCAAAACAACUCCACCGCCAAAUAUCAGCAACUGAUUAAUGAAAUAGAUGAUGAGUUGGGCCUGGGAUCGAUUGACAUGGUUUCCUCCCCCUCUUCAUUCUCUUCCAAGAUGGAAAGCAAAGAAGUUCCCGUGAGCAUUCCCCAAGUGAACUCAUCGGUUGAUCUAUUAACAGUUAGCAACAUGCAUAUGGAACAAAUUACCACGCUGAACUCUCUUGUUACUGAACUGAGAUUAGACCUCGAAUCCCAAAAAGAAAAAUUGUACAGAUCUGAAGAAAAACUAAUUACCAUGUCUAUGGAAAACAAACAAUUACGAGCAAAACUGAAAGAAGCUGUUCAUGAUUUAAAAACUUUAUGUAAAGAAAAAGAAAAGCUGACUGAUAUGAGUAACGCCCUCAAGAAGGAAGUGAUCAAUUUGAAAGAACGAAAUUUUAUGGUUGAGAAUUCAUUAACGCCUCUGAACGUGGUGCUCAAUGACAAACAUUUACCCUCAGAAACCACUAACCAUUCAGCUCCACGAGAUGCUAUUGGAGUUAAUGGUAAAACAAAACCUCUUUCUGCUCGAAAGAAAAAGCACUAA